AUGAAUGGGUGUGCUGCGUACGAGGUGGCGGAGGGAGGGAGUUGGCAGACUCUUCAUGACAUGGGGAAUAAUUGUGGUGGCAUCCUCAAACCUAAGCAACCACAAACGACUGGGGAGGGGGCCGGGGUGCAGGUGAAUGCCAUGGGAAGCAUCAUGAAUUGCCCUGACAGCAGCGAUGUGAAGGUGCUGCGUGCUUGGAGGAAGCGCCAUCAACCCGCACAGGAGCAACCGAAGUGCUGGGAGAUGGUUGAGGAUCACAUGUGUCGUGUGAGACAUGUUUUUCCGUUACAGUUUCAAUAA